CUUCCGGGUCACGGUUCGCCAUAUUCAUCACGUGGAGUGAUAUUUUAGCGAAAUAUAUCAGAAAUAGAUAGUGUUUAUCACUUUAAAAGAAUAAAAUGAGUGCGAUUUUACAAAGAAUCGCUGAAAUCGAAGCCGAGAUGGCUCGCACCCAGAAGAAUAAGGCUACUUCUGGUCAUCUCGGUCUUCUCAAGGCCCGCUUGGCUAAAUUACGUCGAGAACUUAUUGAACCGAAGGGAGGAGGGGGUGCAGCAGGUGAAGGGUUCGAUGUUGCCAAAACAGGAGAUGCUAGAAUUGGGUUUGUUGGAUUUCCGUCCGUGGGCAAGUCAACAUUGCUUAGCAACCUGGCAGGUGUAUACUCUGAGGUGGCAGCUUAUGAGUUCACAACCCUCACAACAGUGCCAGGGGUCAUCCGCUACAAGGGAGCUAAAGUACAGCUGCUGGAUCUGCCCGGUAUUAUUGAAGGUGCCAAGGAUGAAGGUAGAGGCAAGCAAGUCAUUGCAGUUGCGAGAACAUGUGGGCUCAUAUUUAUUGUCCUGGAUGUUUUGAAACCUCUGCAACACAAGAAGAUCAUCGAGAGAGAACUGGAAGGAUUCGGAAUCCGGUUAAAUAAAUCACCACCAAAUAUAGUCUUCAGGAAGAAGGAGAAGGGAGGACUUAACCUUACCAGCACGGUGUGUAGGCAGAGACAGAUUAAUGUAGAUCUGGUAAAAACUAUCCUGAGUGAAUACAAGAUCCAUAAUGCUGAUAUUACGCUCCGCUACGACGCCACGGCCGAGGACCUGAUCGAUGUCAUAGAGGGAAACAGGGUGUAUAUACCCUGCAUCUACCUGUUGAACAAGAUAGACCAGAUCUCUAUAGAGGAGCUUGACAUCAUCUACAAGGUUCCCCAUUGUGUCCCCAUCUCAGCACAUCACAAGUGGAACUUCGACGACCUCUUGGAAAAAAUGUGGAACUACCUGCAGCUGGUCAGAAUAUACACGAAACCGAAAGGCCAGCUCCCCGACUACAGCUCGCCCGUUGUCUUGAAGCAGGGAAGGAGUACCGUAGAAGACUUCUGUAACAAGAUCCACAGAAGCAUCAUGAAAGAAUUUAAAUACGCCCUCGUGUGGGGAUCGUCAGCCCGGCAUCAGCCCCAGAAGGUUGGUAAGGAGCAUGUGCUAAAUGACGAAGACGUUGUCCAGGUGGUGAAGAAGUAA